UGACACUAAAGAAUAACGAGUUGACAAUGGAGUCGUCAGCGUUACAGGAUACAGUGAAUGUUUGCGUAAAGGCCGAGCCCUGUGAGAAUGUUCGUAUAACGGAUGAACCCACGUUCGAGGGAGUGUCUGUUAAAGCUGAGCCUUUACUGGAUACUGUUUUAGUAAAAGACGAGCCCAGGUGCGAGAGUAUAUCUAUAACAGCCGAGCCUUCAGUGGAUGCUGUUUCUUUAAAAGACGAGCCCAGGCGCGAGAGUAUAUCUAUAAAAGCCGAGCCCAGAUACGAGAGUAUGUCUAUAACAGCCGAGCCUUCAGUGGAUGCUGUUUUUGUAAAAGACGAGUCCAGAUACGAGAGUAUGUCUAUAACAGCCGAGCCUUCAGUGGAUGCUGUUUUUGUAAAAGACGAGCCCAGAUACGAGAGUAUGUCUAUAACAGCCGAGCCAUCGUGCUCAGAUGUAUGUGUAAAAGACGAGUCGCUCGGCGUGAGCGCGGCGGCGGGGCUGUACACCGACCACGUGGUGAAAGAUGAGCUCGUGGUCGGCCCCGAGCUAGUGGAGCGGCGCGUGCGCCACGCACCAACAGGACAAACUCGACAGAAGAGGCCAGGAAGGAGACCCGAUCCUUACCAACGUGCUCAGUGCGAAUAUUCAACAACCAUAACCUCUUUCGCACGUUGUGUAAGGACACAUUCUAAAAACAAGCCUUACAAAUGUGGCCAAUGCAGUUAUGCUAGUGCAUACAAAACUCAUUUGGAAGUUCAUAUGUGGAACCACACUGCUGAAAAGCUUUACAAAUGUGGCCAGUGUAGUUAUGCAAGUGCGGACAAAACUCAUUUGGAAGUUCAUAUGUGUAAUCACACACACACUGCUGAAAAGUUUUACAAAUGUGACCAGUGCAGUUAUGCCAGUAAUGACAAACAAAGUUUAUUAUUUCAUAUUUUCCUACACGCGUCUCAAACACUUCGAGUACGUGUUUAAAACAUAUUUACACCUCUCUCUGUGGUCGCUCCGGUUGGCCUAAAGCAAAGGGGGUGCAAAAAAAGACUUAGAUUUUUUUUAGUAGGUACAAUAACAUGUCUGUUCUGGCGCUCUGUUUGAUCGCGAUCAUCGCGGUCAACGUAACACACUCCUCCUCGCUUCGCUCGUCGUCGCACCUAUCUAGUCUCUGUUACUUAAAUUUACUGUUCCAAAUGAUUGAUUUUAAUUUGUCAAGUAGUGGUUUCAACUUGCGGGUCAAAUAUCUCGGCCAUUUUUUAUUUUAGAGAAAAGUUUUUCCUACAAAACAUGCUUAUUUUAGCGUAUUCUUUACGAUAAAACAAUAAAAAAUAGGUGUCAUAAUAACAUCACUCCGAUGAAAAUUUUUCUGUCGGCACCCCCUUUGCUUUAGUCCAACCCACGCUCCCUCAUGACUGAGGAUCGUGCUCAUCAGUGGAUGUGGAUGCUCCACACCUGGUUCUUGUGAUCUGCCUCCAUCGGUGCCUGUCCAUCGCGUCUCUGACGACCGAGCAAAAGCUGGUUGAGGAUGGGACCCCUUUUACUUGAUCGCUCCAUCUAGUUUAGGACCGUCCCCGUCCCCAUAUUUACACCAAUAACUUGAUAAAUAGGCAAUAUAUACAAACACAAUCAGUUGAAACUCACCUGUCUGACCACUACGCACAAAAACUCACACUCAUCGAAAUUAAACUAUCGUGAAACAUAUUUUUGAGGCGGGCGGCGUGGGCAGUGCACGUAGUAUAACCGCCGCGGACACUCGUGCCUGAGGAAGGAUACCCGACGAAUCCGAAACACGUAGCGAUUAAAAAAACCGGACAAGUGCGAGUCGGAAUCGCCCACCGAGGGUUUCGUACUUUUUAUUAUUUUUUGUUAUAGCGGCAACAGAAAUACAUUAUCUGUGAAAAUUUCAACACUAAUUAUCACGGUUCAUGAGAUACAGUCUGGUGAUAGAUAGACGGACAACGGAGUCUUAGCAAUAGGGUCCCGUUUUUACCCUUUGGGUACGGAACCCUAAAAAACAAUAGUGAGUGAAACCGUACUGAUCUAAAUAUUUUGAACUCACACUCACUCACGAAAUCAGUAGCACUAUGGCUGUAUCUGCACGCAACUUGCCUCAACACAAAAUCAAGUUUUUUAAAGGUUACCUUAACUCAAUAGACUGGCACAGUAUUGAAUCCAGGGGAAAUACUAUCACAUUAGUAGGAUAUACUUACUUUACUCUUUUGUUUAGUACAGAGGUAUAUUUUAUUUAUUUAUUUAAUCUUUAUUGCACAAAAGAAAAUACAAAAGGCGGACUUAAUGCUACAAGGCAUUCUCUAUAUUAAAUAUGGAAGAGGCCUAUGUCGGAGGAAAAGCUGAAGUUGUCGAUGGGAACUAGAAAAUAGUAAAUAGUAAUAUAUAUAUAAUUGUGUAGAGAAAAGUAAGGUAUAUUUUAAGUAGACUAUCAGUGUUACAAAACCUCAGUAAUAACGGCUAUUUUUAUUGUAUUUAUAUUAAAUAUAUUAAUAACGGGUCACUCACGUAUUUUAAGUCGAAAAACGCUCGACAUGUUGUGACCCGUUAUUAAUAUAUUUAGUAUGUCUGUGUCUCACGGAAGUUUUGUUAAUCAAAAUGGUACAGAGCCUACAGAGGUACUCCAGUUCCAGUGUUAAUCAAAAAAUAAUCCCAAACCUACAGUCGAAUUAACCAUUUCUACUUUAAUAUUAUAGGACAUUACAUUUAAAAUAAUCUGUUAACAAUUUGCAAUAACACAAAAUUUACAAAAAUUGUUUGCUUACUUAAAUAAAAAAUAUUGAUAAAAAUAUAAGUAAAAUAUAUAAGUAUUUUUAACUAGACUUAUAUUGACCGGGAUAUAGACCGUGAUUACCUUUUGUAUUAUUUGUGAGCUCCUGAUCAAUAUAAGUCUAGUGAAACUAACCGUGAAUCAUUC